AUGACGUUUGUGGAAAGAGAGGAAUAUCAAUAUGUUGUUCGUCCUGAGCAGGUGAAGCCAACGGAUAAUCUGAAGCCUGAAGGCAAAUUUUAUAGUCCUGAAAAGCCGAAGUACAGUCCUGGUGAGCGUCCAUCUCAAGUUCGUCGAGAGGAUAACUUAAAGCCUGAAGGUGAUUUCUAUACUCCGGAAAAACCGAAGUUUGUGCCCGUAGAGAGACCUAAACAGAAGAAACCACAGGAUAAUCUGAAGCCUCUUGAUGGUGUUAUGUAUACACCGGAAAAAAUUAAAUAUCAGCCUGCUGAGCGACCUGAGCCUAAGAAAUAUGUUGAUAACUUAAAGCCUGAAGGUCAAAUGUAUAUUCCUGAAAAGGACACAUUUAAACCAGCUGAAAAAGUAAAGACAAUUAUAAGAAAAGACAACCUAAAAACCGAGGGUUCAAUGACAUUUACUAAAAAAGAGGAGUAUCAUCACGUAAGAAGACCGGAACAAGUGAAGCCAACGGACAACUUAAAGCCGGAAGGAGAAUUCUAUACUCCGGAAAAGUCAACAUUCAAGCCAGCAGAACGACCAGUCCAAAAGAAACCCAAGGAUAACUUGAAAACAGAAGGUGAAUUUUAUAAACGAACAGAUAGAACUGAAACUGACAGUACAACGGUGCUAGAGAGUGUUAAAAGGGAACCUGCCAAGCGACCGGUGGAUAAUCUGAAGCUAGAAGGACCUAUGACUGUGACUAGGAAAGAUGAUUUCAAAACCACAACUAAUAAAACCAAUAUUGAUCGAGUUCAGCGUACACAAAAAUACAAGCACAACAGCUCGACCAUCACCUUAGGUAAUGAUACUUCCAUUCUGAAGACAACAAACCAGAUGAACUUUGUUUCCGGCAAGGAUGCAGUGAAGCAAGUGGAUGUCAACAGCCAAAAGCCAGUCGAUGGUCUAAUUAUUGUUUCUACGAAGAAGGUCACAACAGUGAUCGGGGGCCGUGCGAAAAAGGAACCGGAAACUGAGUAUGUGAAGCGACCAGCUAAGAUAAAUGUUAUUGAGAAUGUGUCGAAAAACACGACCACAACAAAUAUUGAGAACACACAAAACGUACACAAGGAAACAACAUCGAUGCAACGAAAUCUCAAUGUACUAGAAAAAACAGCUGUAAAAACAGAGCAAAUACGUGGAACAACGGAUGAUACAAGAGCUCUUCAAACUUCAACAACGACAAGGCGAACUAACCAGGAUGACCGAGAUGUGACACAAACUGGCGGCAUAACGUCCAAUACAGUCUCAGGUAGGACAGUUACCAACAAUGUCACCGAAAGUGGAGGCUCAACAUCUCGUAUAGUCACAGGCAGGACAGUGACCAACAAUGUGACAGAAACGGGAGGCUCUACAACCCGUAUAGUUUCCGGCAAAGUUGUAACUGGAGACACCACAUCUACGGCAGCUACUGGCCGUACAACUAUAAACAAUGUGGCUGACACAGAAGGCUCGACAACUCGUAUAGUCUCCGGUAAACAAGUGUCCAGGAACGUGGGAGAUACUGGAAGCUCCCAUAUCGUCUCCAGCAGCACGACUAGUAAGAAUGUAAACGAGACUCGAGGUUCAACCACUCGCAUUGUCUCUGGUAAAUUGGUGACAACGAACGUUGCUGAAACGCGAAGCACUCAUAACGUGACCGAGACUGGAGGCACAACAACUCGUAUAAUAGGCGGUAAACUAGUCACAACGAAGGUCAACGAAACAGUGGGCUCCACUUCUCGCACAAUCUCGGGAAGUCCAACAUCAAAUAAUACCAACGGAGGAUCAACGUCUCGUGUGGUUGACAACAACAGUUCGGUGACUAGCAAUGUGAAUGGCAGCUCGUCGAAGCACUUCCAUCACAGGAAGAGUGAGUUCUCCUCGGAAGCGGAUGUUUCCAACUCAAUCUUCCAUCGAAAGAACGUGUCAACCGAGUCAAAUCCACUGAGCAGCAGUCUAACCUCCAAUGGCAAAAUGCAGCGCAAGAGUAUUCUGAAUCUGCAUGAGCAAUCGCCGAGCUGCAGCGCCCAUUCGCCUGAUCGCCAGAGCUACAGUAGCAUCCACCGCCAGAACAGGGAAUCGGACUUGAGUACUAGCUACUCGACGGAUCGUCGCAGUUGCAGCGUGCAUAAGGAAAACAAGGAGCAUCAUGUGAAAACAUCCACGUCUUCCUCGUCCAUGUCACGUAUUAUAUCUGGCGGCGAUACAAAUCGAUCGAACCUGGAGAGAUCGACACUCACACGAACAAAUGCAUCGAGCGGAGUGGAUUUUCCAUCCCAAUCGCAGUCGCAGACGCAUGUAACGCGUCAUCGCAACGGUGCUAACCAACAUUUGUCCAGUGGCAUCGAUUUCGCCUCCUCCUCCUCCUCUUCGGCCUACAAUGUCCAUGGCCAGAGCGAACGUGUUGUGACCACACGACGCAGCAAUCAGUCAUCGAUUAGUCUGGGCAGCGACAAGUUCACUGGCUCGAGUCUCUAUAAGAGCGAAUAUAUAACUGCCCCAGCAACAACCUGUGCUGUUCAUAAGAUUAAACAAGGUGCAUUCCAGCCGACCAGAAGUACGCACGAUCAUAAAUUUUACAAAACCUCCAACUAACUGAUAAUUAACACACUUAAAAUCGUGCUCGUAUGUCUCUUGUCUUGUCAAGUCUUGUCUUCAUAUCAUAUCACAUAGUGCCUAAGAUUCCAUGACAAUAUUUUUUAUACAAUAUAUCUACUUACCUGAA